CCACGUUUGAACGACCCAGGCUUCCGAGGACGAUGCCUCAAAAGAAGCCAAAGUCCAUCGUUGUAAAAGUCAACCAUUAUCUGGACAACUGAUGAUGAAAGUCAUGUUCUGGUCAGAGAUGACGAAAAGGUCAAUCUUCAAACUAUGACUCGGUUUGGAGGUCGAACAAGCAGAAACGGCUCGAAGCGAAGGGCCGAGAAGGCACGCACAGGAGUGUCAGAAGAAAGUGGAAUAAGGAAACGGGAGAUUGAGAAUAGUAAAAGAAAUCAACAGCGAGAAGGACAGUGGUAUAAUAGACGAAGCAAAAGUAUAAUCAUUACAUCUCAUCUCAUCCUCCCCUUGAUAUUAGCCAGCACCUGUGUUAUUGCUCGCAUGACUGUUUCAUGUCGUAAAAGUCGUUGCCUCUGCGUCUCUGUGUUGUUGUUCCUCCGCAUUACCAUGUUUUUAAAAGAUCUCACUGUCAUCAUCAAACGAAUCUGUCCUCGCAUCAGCUCCUUCCACGCUUCUUCCUAACUCAUGUGUCUGAGCUUGUUGCCUGUUCUCAAGACACCUCGUUGUGUCUCAUCUAUAAGAACAGUGCAGCAUCAAUA